UGCUAUAGCUCAUGGUAGCGUACUUGUGGAUAGGUCUAUGCUACCACUCACUGUGUGGGGGAAAGUAGAGACCGAAAAAAUGAAGAAGUGGCUACAAAAAAGAGGGGGGGUUUGAAAGUGAUAAGGUAGUUGUUAUGAAAACUGAAUAUGGAGGUCUCGGAGAUGAUGCCAAAACAAUGACUCACUUUGCUGAAGAGUUAAGUUCAAUAAGAAAGGAUUUGGCAACUUUGGUGGUCACUGUUGCUCGUAUAGACGAAUCGCUCUCCAAGGUUAUGUCUGAGUUAUCAUCAAAAAAUGAAGAGAAAGAAAGAACAUUGCACACUUCAUGCCCUAAUGAACGAGAAGUUAAACUUAAUAAGGAAGAUGAUAACAUGUUUGAAAUGGGGCGUGAUGGGGGAAAAGAAGACCUUGGAAAUACUAAACCUCCAAAAAGUAGGCCAAACAAAGAAGCCGGAACUCCCAACGAGCAAGAUGACAAUGUGAAAGGAUUUACAACUGUUGCUAAAACUUCGGCUCCCUUUGUUGAAGUCAUCCAUGACAGAAAACAUCCAAAACAACCUCAGAAUGAGGAUAAAAUGGGUCAGAACGACGUAAAAAGUUUGUUCUUAGAGAAUUGUAGUUCAACUUCAACAAGGGAUCCGAUAGUGACUCGUGCAAGAGCGAUUAGAAAGCCGGGUCCCCACAUGAGAACUCCUUAUGAAGACAUCAAUGUGUUGAAAGCUAAAGCAAAUGCAAAAACCCAACAUGUAAUUGCUCACGAGCGGAUUAUGAAGAGAUUAAAUGUCGGUCCAUUCCGAAUGAGCAACGAUAUCUCUGAAGAUGAUAGAGAUCUACUAAGUUUUGCGUUUUGUUGCAAUCCAUUGGAUCCAAAUGUUUGGAGUGAACUACUCGUUAGCACUGGUGAUGUAGCUAUAAAUCGUCGCCAUUUUGGAAGCCUUGCCCCUGGGUUGCCUCUCUUUGAUGAUGUAAGGACUAUGAAUCGAAUAUAUAUUUAACUACUCAUUAG